GAUUAAUUCGAAUACUCAAUCGUAUCAUCGUAUCAGAUACUCACCGCACUAGCUCGCGCCAGCUGUCAAAUUGCCAUGCUUGUUUUCGGAAUGCCGUAAAUGUGUUUUCGUACGUUUCGCACGUUCAUCGGGUCGGGAUAAUUUCGAUCGCGCCCUCGGAGAAAGAAAAAUGUGGGAGAUGGGGGCGGAGGCGAUAAACGACGCGCCGCACGAAAAAAAACAAACGUUCCCGAGGGCAAAGAUCGCGAUAACCGAUAAAGAUAUGCCCCUGGCGUUCAACGAGGACAGGCACCUCGAAAACGUCGACGAGAUCGAUGGAAAUACUCACACGUGGAAGAUGAAAGAGCGGAUGAAAACGGUGAGCGUGGCGCUGGUUCUGUGUUUAAACCUAGAGGUCGACCCGCCGGACGUGGUGAAGACGCAGCCCUGCGCGCGGGUCGAGUGCUGGAUAGAUCCCAUGUCGAUGUCGGCACCCAAGGCGCUCGAGAAAAUCGGUCAGGCCUUGCAGGCGCAGUACGAGCGCUGGCAGCCGCGGGCGCGUUACAAACAGUCGUUGGACCCGACUGCCGACGAAGUGAAAAAGCUCUGCCUGUCGCUGAGGAAGAACGCGAAAGAGGAACGCGUCCUCUUCCAUUACAAUGGCCACGGGGUGCCAAAACCGACCGUCAACGGCGAGAUAUGGGUGUUUAACCGGGCCUACACGCAAUACAUUCCGUUGUCCAUUUACGAUCUGCAAACGUGGAUGGGCGCGCCUUCCAUAUAUGUCUACGACUGUUCCAACGCUGGCAUCAUAGUUGAAUCUUUCAAAACGUUCGCCGCCCAACACGAAUCCGAGUACAACCAAGCGAUGUCGAGCGCGUCCCAGCGGGACCGCCUCCAGUCCCCGCCCUCUUACCACAACUGCAUCCAGUUGGCGGCGUGCGCGGCCAAUCAGAACCUGCCGAUGAACCCGCAGCUGCCCGCCGACCUCUUCACCGCUUGCCUGACUACUCCCAUAAAGAUCGCGCUGCGCUGGUUCGUCCUCCAGUCCACCUCCAAACUGAUGCCCCACGUCACGCUCGACAUGGUCGACAAGGUUCCCGGCAAAAUACCGGACCGGCGCACCAUGCUCGGCGAGCUGAAUUGGAUAUUCACCGCCAUAACGGACACGAUCGCGUGGAACACCCUUCCCAGGGAUUUGUUUCAAAAACUGUUUCGCCAGGACCUGCUGGUGGCCAGUCUGUUUCGAAACUUUUUGCUCGCCGACAGGAUCAUGCGGUCCUGCGACUGCACCCCCAUCUCGUUCCCAGCGUUGCCGUCCACCGCGCAGCACUCGAUGUGGGCCUCGUGGGACCUCGUCCUCGACCUGUGCCUGCGUCAGCUGCCCUCGGUCGCGGUUAACGAAGCGCCGUUCAAGCAUUUGCCCUUCUUCGAGGAGCAACUCACCGCGUUCCAAGUGUGGCUCGAACUAGGUUCGAAGCAGCGUCGUCCGCCCGAACAACUGCCCAUAGUGCUCCAGGUCCUGCUCAGUCAGGUGCACAGAACUCGCGCCCUCGACCUUCUCGGUCGCUUCCUGGACUUGGGACCGUGGGCGGUCAAUAUGGCAUUGUCGGUCGGCAUCUAUCCCUACAUCUUGAAACUGUUGCAGAGCUUUUCGCGGGAACUGCGCCCCCUCCUCGUCUACAUCUGGGCGAAAAUUUUGGCUGUGGACAACUCGUAUCAGGCGGACAUUAUCCGGGAGCAGGGCCACAAGUACUUCCUGUCGGUGCUGCAGGACCCGUCCGUAGACGCCGAGUGCCGCACCCAGGCGACGUUCGUCCUCUCUUGUCUGGUCAGCGAUUACCGGGACGGUCAGGAGGCCGCGUUGCAGGGCUCUCUGCUCAGCACGUGUCUCGAGCAGCUGAACGAUCCGAACGCGCAGCUACGCAAAUGGGUGGCCGUGUGCCUGGGCCGUUUGUGGGACCAUUACGAAAGCGCCCGAUGGACGGGAGUGCGGGACACCGCCCACGAGAAAUUGUACACCCUUCUCAAGGACCCGUGCCCGGAGGUGAGGGCAGCCUCCGUCUACGCCCUCGGCACGUUCAUCAAUUCGGUAUCGAGGCGGUCCGAGCACGCUAACAACAUCGACCACGCCGUCGCUAUGACGUUGGUGAAUCACGCGGGCGCAGACGCGAGCCCCCUCGUGCGGAAAGAGCUGAUCGGGGCGCUGCAGUGGCUGCUAUUGGCGUUCGACGUCGCCUUCGUCGCGGUGGCGUCGAAGGAGAGUCAGACGACGGCCGAGCCGCCCACCUCUUACCAGACGCUGCCCCGCAUAGCAACAAGGGAACGUCUCGGACAGCAGCAAACGGCCGGGACGUUCCGACGCAUACCUUCGAGUCCGUCGAUCAGCCAACCGGUCUCGGGGGGCGGGGCCGGAGGCGGUGGCAUGACCGCCAGUUACAGCGGCAGCCUCGGCACUCUACCCGGCCUCGGCUACGGCUCGGUGUACAUGAAAAUAUGGACGGCACUGGGCCAGUUGGAGGCCGACCCCCACCCGGACGUCUCGCGCAUGUGCUGCGCGGUAACUGAGUCCAUCAGGAAGCUGGUCAGGGAACGAGAUCCGGUCGACGGGCGGGCCAAUUCGAGCGUGAGCCUGCCUCCGAGCCCGAAUCGCGGCGCGUUCUUGUCGAGCGAGAGCCCGCCCACCCUGCACCCGUGCCCCGGCGAUUUUCACAAAUACUCGAGAUCGUCGACGGCGGCCAACAACAGAAAACAGCGUCGCAACGGCGACGACGGCGAUCCCGGCGCGCGCAAACCCUUAGCGACUACCAAUUUCAUCGCGUGGUCGUCGCGGCAGUUCGUGCAGCCGAAAAGGGGCGGGGCCUACAGCGACAAGGAGUCUCCGCGAUACUUCGAACGCGACUGGCGCCGUACGCGCAACAAGAAUAUACGGUCGGAGGCGUCGGAGGAGCAGCGUCGCGCCAUCACUUCCCGCAUCGAGACGCAGGUGUUCCACACGCGGACGGCUGCGGCGCCGUCGCUCCUGCAGCUCCACCCCUUCAAUCAGCAGAUCGCGGUCGCGGGUAACGACUCGUUCGCGAUCUGGGACUGGGGCACCGGCGCCAAAACGACCGUCCUGCAGCAACGAUCGGCGACGGGGCGCGUCGCCAAGAUCGGCGCCCUCGAAUGGGUCAACGGUCACGACGUAGCCCUGCUGAUGGUCACCGCCGACGACGGCAGCGUGAGGGUGUGGCGACCGAACGUCGGGACGCCUCGCGAACCGACGCUCGUCACCGCGUGGCAGGCUUUCGCGGACUUUAAACCGCGACGGUCCGGCCUGUUGCUCGCGUGGGAGCAAUGGACGCGAACCGUCGUGACGUCGGGCGACGCCAAGGUGCUGCGUUUCUGGGACGCGGAGAAGGAGCUGCGGGCGUUCGAUAUACCGACCGGCACGGACGCGUCGGUCACGUGCAUCGAUUCGAGCCACUCGGGCUCCGAAGCGUCCGAUCGGCGUCUCGGAGACGAGGGGCCCAGGUCGGGCUUCGCCCUCGCGGGCUUCGAGAACGGCUCCGUGCGCCUGUUCGACAGGCGCUGCGGUCCGCAAGACUCACGGGUCAAGGUUUGGAUGGAGCAUCCGGCGCCCGUCCUCGCCGUCCAGCUCAAGGACGACCUCGUCAUCAGCGGAAGCUGCGCGGGUGACGUGAAAAUCUACGACGUGCGCAAAAACGAUUCGUUACACACGAACGCGGCGGUCCAGGGCGGGGGCGGCAUGUCGUGCAUGUCGAUCCAUCGGAACGCCAACACUUACGCGUGCGGCUCGUCCGGCCAGUUCAUCAGCAUCUACACCCUGAACGGUACGCCGCUGAACACGAUCAGGUUCUACGAGGGUUUCAUGGGGCACCGUAUCGGCCCAGUGUCGUGCCUCAAUUUCCACGCCCACAAGGUGGUCCUAGCGGCAGGCACGUCCGACUGCUGCGUCAACGUGUAUAGUUUGGAAUCGGCGAGACGGUGACGCGAGCAGCAGCCCUAGGCGGUUCCCACCGGGGCUUUUUGCUGCGCCACCGUAACCUACCUGAACCAGCGUUGCUUCCGGUAACCCGAGACGUAGCAGUUUUUCGUUUCGUAUCGCGCCUGUCCGCCCCCAUUCGGACCCGAUGAGGAGGGACUUCGGGAAACUCCGAAAAUGCCGCAAUAUAUACUUUUUUUUUU